AGUUAUUCUCGUAUAUUACGAUACUGUGGUUCACUACUUAAAGUGUUCACGGCAUAAACUGUUGUAAAAAUUAAUCGGGUUAAAAUUAAAUUAUGUACACAGAGUUUGACUAAAGAUUGUUGUUAUCCCAAAACUUAGAACUAAAUUUUCUUUUUAAUAAAAUUUUAGUCAAUAUGAUCAACUAUAAGUCUUUUAGAUUAUGGAGGACAUAUUUAGGAACUGAGUAUAGAACUUAUGAUGUAAAGAAAAUUAGUACGAGAAUUGAACCCGUUAAAAUGUCUUUCACUUCUUACGAAUCGGCUAGUGAUAGUAACCAAGAUUCACCAUUGAUUAUUAUGCACGGACUAUUUGGUUCAAAAUCUAAUUGGAAUAGUCUUUCCAAAUCUCUUCACAAUUUAACAAAUAGAAAGGUCAUUUCUGUAGAUGCAAGAAAUCAUGGUGAUUCUCCUCACUCAGAAAAACAUACAUAUGCACACAUGGUUGAAGACAUAAAACUUUUGAUGGAUGAUUUAGGCUUGAAAAAAGCUUCAAUGAUUGGUCACAGUAUGGGUGGUAGAACAAUGAUGUAUUUUGCAAUCAUCUAUCCAGAUCUUGUAGAAAGUCUUAUACCUGUUGAUAUAUCACCAAUAAAUCAUAAAAUUGGAGGCGAAGGAUUAUCUUCUAUUCGAAAUAUUAUUAACGCACUUUCUAAAAUUGAUACUAACUUAAAUAUGCCUAUUUCAAAAGCUCGACUGUUAAUUGAUGAUCAACUUUCUAGUUCUAUUGAGAGUCCAGUUCUUAGACAGUUCCUUCUGGUUAAUCUUAUACAAGUAAAUAACCAUUAUACAUGGCGUGUAAAUUUAAACGCAAUAGAUUCCAAUUUUGAUAAUGAUAUAAGUGUAUUUCCAGAAGUUAAUUCAACUUAUAAUGGACCUACUUUUUUUAUAGGGGGUGGUCUUUCAAAAUUUUUAAUCCAUGAAAAUCAUGACGCGAUAAGAAAAAUAUUUCCCAAUGCUAAAUUUGAGUACAUCUCUGAUGCUGGGCAUUGGUUACAUGCAGAAAAGCCUAAUGAAUUUUUAAAAUUAGUGACUGAAUUUUUAGCUACUCAUUAAUUCUAAAGUAUAGAAUGUUGAGAAAAUUAAUCAUUCUUUUAAAAUGUAUAAUAAAA